CAAAAUCACAUGAUUAUAAAUCACGUGAUAUUUUUCCUUAAGUUGUCACGUGACGAUUGUUUGUAAGUUAAAUAAAAAAUUUGGAUUCUAUGUUUCUGGUAAAAAAAGAAUGGUUGUUGAUAACUCUACUACUACUGUUUAAAAAAGAAACAAUAAUAACACCCAGUUACGUGAUGGUUUUAUGUCAAGCUUACAAAUAUUCUGCAUUGUUCUUGUGUAAAAAGUUGGGACAUAUAGGCAAAUCUUAUUCAUUCAAAAGAUUGGUCAAUACAGUUGUCAGCACUACUCAGAGUAAAAGUUUAUCACCACCUCAUUUGACAUCGGCUGUGGAAAAACAUUUUUCUAGAAUGUGUUCAGCAAAGGUCCCUUGCAGAGUUGGUGAGCUGGUGACCGAGAUAGAGACCCCAGCCCUGGUUGUGUGUCUGGAGAAGCUGGAAGAAAACCUCAAGAUAAUGACAGAGGCCAUGAAGGCUUACCCUGGUGUCAAGUUUAGGCCUCAUGCCAAAUCUCAUAAAUGUCCCACGCUGGGCAGACUCCAGAUAAAGUCAGGAGCUGUAGGCUUGUGCUGCCAAAAGGUGACUGAAGCCGAGGCUAUGGUGCUGGGUGGUGUUGAGGACAUUCUGCUGUCAAAUCAAGUGAUACAAAAAACAAAACUUUUAAGACUCGCUGCACUGGCCAGGAGUGCCAAGAUUUCUGUCUGUGUGGACAGUGAGAAGAACAUUGCUGAUAUCAGUCAGGCUGCUGUUGAGAUGGGGGUCAACCUGGACAUUGUGGUGGAGGUCAAUGUUGGUGGGAACAGGUGUGGUGUGGAGCCUGGAGAGGAAGUUGUAAAACUGGCCAGGACAAUUCUUGACCUGCCAAAUGUUAACUUUAAAGGAAUUCACUGCUACAAUGGACAAAAUCAGCAUAUCCGUAGUGCUGAGGACAGAAAGACAGCAGUAGAUGCUGUUAUUGUAAAAACAAAGGCUGCUCUCUCUGCACUGAAAGAAAGUGGCAUUGAUUGUAAUUAUGUCACAGGAGGUGGUACUGGAACCUUCCAUUACGAGGCAGGCAGUGGAGUCUUCACAGAAGUUCAACCAGGUUCAUAUGUUUUCAUGGACGUUGACUAUGGCAAGAACCUGGACAUUAACGGCAAGUUUGUCUCAGAGUUUAGACAGUCUCUCUACGUGCUGAGUACAGUCCAGAGCUCGUUUUCUAAUAGAGCUGUGCUAGAUUGUGGGAUGAAGGCAGUCAGUCUUGAUUCAGGUGUACCAACUCUAAGAGAAGCAGGGGACUUAACUUACAUAAGUGGUGGUGAUGAACACGGAGUAAUUGUCCCCCCUGGUAAUCUCAAGGUUGGGGAUCAAGUUUGGCUUGUUCCAGGUCACUGUGACCCAACAGUAAACAUGCAUGACUGGAUUGUUGGCUUGAGGGAUGGAAAAGUGGAGAGUAUUUGGCCAGUUAGUGGGCGUGGCCCUGGCUACUAAAUGUGUCUUUGGCCACUUGGAUGGAAGGGCCAAGGGUUCUAAAUUUCAGGGGAUUUUUGUUGGUAUUUUUAUUACAGCAGCUAGUUAGUGAUAUGCAUUAAACUGUUUAUGUCUCUUGAAAUAUAAUCAGCUAAUACUGUUACUGUUUGUAUCAUCAUUCGAGAAAUUACAAAGGAAAAAACAAAUCCAUUAAAUAAACUGUAGUGGGUUUUAUAUUUACUAAACAAAUUUGUAAAUGAAAUGCGAAAUCAUAAAUAUUGAUCAAACAAUUACUAGUUUCAGAUUUUGGUAAUGAAUAUAUCUAAUAAUUUAUUUUUGUAAUUGAAAUUAUUUUUAGACAAUUAUUUUUAUAUAACCAGAAAAAAACAAGUUACAUUGUGAUGUACAAAUAACUUUGACUACUUAAAACGAUAACCAACUUCCCUCAAUUGCUUUCCAUAAAAGCCCUAUACCAGAUUGCCUAAUUUUAUAAUAUGCCAAAGAUGUUUAUAAUUUGUUUUAUUGUUGUUUUACAGUGUGUAACAGAAUAUUUGUUGCCAAAUGUUGAUAAAUAAAAAUAUACUUAAAGUAACAAAAAGAGUUUGUUGAAAUAUCUAUUUAACA